AUGGGCAUCCUGAGGAAGAGUGGUCAUGGGGGAGGGAAUGGUCAAUCUUCGUCACGGGGUGGCGGCCAACCGCCUCCCUACCAAUUUCCUGGUCAAUCGUUUCAGAAUGUGCCGCCAGAAGCGGCCCAGAUUGCUGCCGCUAUGCUCGCUUCUGUCAUGAACCUCCGAGUCGCCAACGGGGCGCGAGACCCAGAUGUCGACACAUGCCUAGCGCAUUUGAAGCUGCUCCACGCUAUUCACAACAUGAAAGAGGAGGUCGGCUACACUGACGGCCUCUUCGGGCUUUGGGAUUCGCGGGCAUCGGGGACCCAUUUCCUAGUCGAGAGUGAAAAUGAAGUCAAGGAGCAGCCUUAUUACAGUACACAGGAGAUGCCUCUCGAGGACAGGAAGAGGUACCUCAGCAGGAUCCGAGAGAAGCGAUGGGCGUUGUUCGUUGCCCGUGCCGUGGACAGAUACGAAGCCACCUGGAACCUCCAGUUCAAGCCAACGCUGACCGAGGAUAACUCCAAUAUCCCGGACAUGUACAGCAACUUUCCAUACACGGGGAAGCCCUUGAAGUGGGAUGACUGGAUGAUGCCGCCUCUGGAUGUACUCAUGGUCUUUCAUUCGCAUAUGCUCAACCCAAGAGGCUUCCUCGAGGAUUGCAUGCGCUUCCAAGCCUCUAAUAUGUGGACCGCCGGCAUGCCUUGGCAGCAGGUGAACAAUCUGAUUGAUCUGGAGUUUAACUACAAUGUUACUGAACCGACCAAGGUCAUGUGGAAUGUUCAGAUGGGGCGGGCUUGGGAGAAUUCAGAGGAUUCCAUGGUGAAGCGAAUCGGCUGUCCGUGCUGCAAGCAGCCUGUCGACAUCCCUUGGACAACGUGCUCUCUCCCGGAGGACUCCAAAGAAGCUCCCCGCCCGGGUCUCACCGGUACUGGAUACGGCGAUGGUGAUCUCCGCUGGAAAUGCCCUAGCUGUGGUGUUGUCAUUACAAAGGAGCUCAUGACCGUGGGCAAGUUUGUAGAGGACUCCAUGGAUCUCAUUCAUCGGGAGAUCAUGAUGCCCGGCACCAUCCUAGAUCCGAAGACCGGGACUCCUGCUUUGAAUCUGAACCUAGAUCGAAGAAAUCAGGAGCCGCGUACCUUUCCCAACCGCAUGAUUCGCUCUAUAAGGGUACGGCAAGAGAUAGAAGCGCUGCUCAAGCCCGGCAUGAAUCCCACCCCGACCAUGGACACGGUGCGCAAGAUCUUCGAGCCCAUCCUUGCCGACUCGUACGCCCUUAGGCAGAUCAAUCUCAUUACUCGCGACGGGACCUAUCGGAUAUCGCCGUCUACCAAGAUCACUAUUCGCAAGAUGAUGUCGCACUACUGGGAGAACUGGAGCCCCUUCGCGCUCAACCUCAGCGGCGCGGUCAUGCGCCAGGGCAUCUUUGUGCAGAAGAUGGUCAAGAUCGACUGGCUUCACAGCCCUCAUGCUCGAGAUACUAUGCAGAGGUUGCUAGAAAAGUAUCGCCGGUUUGUAGCCAUCAUGGCAUCGUAUCCAGGACAGAUUGCCGUGCCGACCUUGGACGUGGAUUUGGCGUGGCACACACACCAGCUGUGUCCUCCUGCCUAUUAUCGAUAUACGAUGGAAGCCUGCCGGAAGUUCAUUGAUCACGAUGAUAAGAUUGAUGAAGGCAAGCUAUCCUCGUCUUUCGAGUGGACAAGCAAGAUCUAUCAGCAGAGGUUCGGCGAAGUUUACUCUGAGUGUACCUGCUGGUACUGUGAAGCAAUCCGUGCUUCACACGUCUCCACCCUGAACAGGAUAUUUGGGUCGAAUCAACCAGACAAGGUCAACGAAGCCUUUCACACCUCGGGAAUGGCAAAUCUCUGUCCACCAGAUAAUUCAGCCCAUAUCUCGGCGCAUAACGCCGUACAGACCAACAUCCCUACUGACAGCCGCCUACGGCGAGUCUACGAACAAAUGCGGGCCGCCAACCAGCGCCGCAUCGACGAGAACUACGCCAAGGCUAAGCGGAGAGCCGAGAAGCGGGGGAGGCAGCUGCCAAAUAAGGAGACAUACUACGAUCAUUGGGGAACCUAUUACUUUAUGUAUGCACCAUUUUAUUACCCGAUGUACAUGACACCCGGCAUUUACGGAGACUGGGACCCGUGCCACGUCACAGCCGGAGAGGGUGAGCAUGCCAACUGCUGCAAGGGCAGCUGCGGAGUGAAUGGCGCUGCAGCGGGUAGCUGUGGAGGGCCUGGCGGUUGCGGUGGCGCAGGGGGCUGUGGAGGAGCAGUCGUUCAUCCGACCUGCUCGGCCGGCGUAAGCUGUGGUGGAGUCGGUUCGAACUGUGGAAACGAUGGCGACGGCGGUGGCGACGGCGGCGGCGAUGGUGGUGGUUGUGGUGGCUGUGGUGGCGAUUGA